AUAAAAUAAACAACAACUUUUUAAAUGAGGAAUAAUGUCAAAAACUGACAAUCGAUUAAUGACAUUUUUGAGACCUUCUGAUAAGAAUUUAGACGCAGCAAAGUUUUCGGAAAAUAUAAGUAGCCAGAAUGUGUUAGAUUUUGGCAAUGUAAAUGCUAUGGUAGUGAGAACAUCAAAUGACAAUAAAUACUGGAUUAUUGGCCUUUCGAAUGGCACAAUUGUUCUAUUAUCCACUGAAGAUAGUGAGAAGCAGACAAAUAAUUUCUAUACUUUGAACGCAGAUGGCGAAACUCUCCCUUGUUCAGAUUUACAGCCUGUCCCAGAACUCAAUGGUCAAAUUCAGGAUAACUGUCACCUAAUUUUAGCCGUGUAUGUUUCUGGUCAUGCACGCUUAUGGCAUUACACAGGAGCAAUGAAUUCAUCACGUCUCUUGGCAACAAUCACGGAAGAAAGGAUCAGUAACCCAUCUGAUGCUCCUGUAAGAACAAAUGCAGAAAACGUGAUGAAUCAGAUAUUAUCUUGUUCAUGUUCAUAUGAUGGUAAACGAUUUGUAACUGGUGGGGUUGAUUGUCAUUUAAGAGUUUAUGACAUGAAAUCUCGUAGACGCUUGCGAAUGUGUAGUUCAAGUUUUACUAAGGAAAAAAUGGAUGGACAUGUAAUGCGUAUAUGUGCUGUGAAAUAUCAUCCACGUGGUGCUGUUUAUGAAGAUUAUGUGCAUAUAUUUAUUACCGGUGGUUGGGAUGAUACAAUACAAAUAUGGGAUGAUCGGUAUUUACAUUCUUUAUGGAUUUAUUAUGGUCCUCAUAUUUGUGGAUCAGAUGCACUGGAAAUCGAAUCAGAAUCAAAUCAUAUAUUAUCAAGUUCAUGGCGCCGUGAUAAAUCAAUUUUGCAAGUUUGGAAAUUUAAUGAAGAGCUUAUGAUUGAAUUUUAUAAUUCAGCUGAACAUCAAGGUGAUGAAUUGUCUAUACCAACUGGAAGGGAAAUCAUAAAUAAACAAACUGGAGCUUUAUACUACUGUAAACCAGUAGCUGAAAUACCUCAAGAUGCCUAUGAUGGACCGAGUAAAGGUUAUGUAGCAAAAUGGCUUGGACCGUAUUACAUAGCAUUCGGUGGGUCAGAUGCAAAUAUUCUAAAACUUAUCAGUCGUUUCACAUUGAAUGUUGUUGGAUCAGUAACGGAAUUGACAAGUGGUAUUUAUUCAUUGGCCUUUAUUGAACCAAAGACAAAUGAUAACAGUAACAAACGUAUGGUGCAAUUCGCAUUUGCCUCUGGUACUCGUGUUUACAUUGCACAAUAUGAACAAAAAUAAAUUUACGGAGAUUUAUUUUCUUUUAACCGACAACUAUUUACUAAAUUUUAUACUCAAAAAAUGGUUAUUUUUAUUCAUCUUUUUAAAAUAACUUUUGCAUUAGCAUAUGUUUUGCCGAUUGAAAUAAUAAUAUCGUUUUUCUUCCAAUUAACAGGAUAUACGUAAAUAAAAGACUCAAAUAUUUCCUUUCACUC